CAUGUUCGGUGCAAACACGUCACCCCAUCGAGGCUGUAGGAAGAAGAUCUAGAGCUUCAACGCUCUAUCCACUCCCCACUCAUUCCUUCACAGACCUAAAAUAAAUUCCCCAAUUUCUCAAAUAUUUCAGCUACUUGCGGGGAACUUCGAAAUCAUGCAGGCUGCAGCCCCUGAUGCCGCUCCGCCGUCCGGAGGCCGAUCUAUGGCAGACAAAUUGAAGCACCCAUUUCCUGAACUCCGCGAGAAACUCAAGGGGACUCACCUCUACGACGCCAAGGUCAAAGCAAUUCAUUUAAAACACGAGAUUGGAAAAUUUCAUAACCUCAUCAACCCUAACCAUCGGCACGAUGAAGAGCAUGAAAAACGAACAGAUGAGAAGCGUGCACGCAUUGCCGAGAGUCACCGUUUCGCGUCCUUUGCACCAGAGCGAGAGGGAAACAAGAUCAAAUGGUACGUUGACGGAAGGGAUUAUUUUUGGGCUGUCUCCGUUGCUUUGGAGCGCGCAAAAGAGACAAUUUACAUUGCGGAUUGGUGGCUUUCUCCAGAAUUGUUUCUUCGCCGGCCUCCGUAUUUCAACCAAGAAUGGCGUCUUGACCAGGUUCUGAAGCGCAGGGCAGAAGCAGGUGUUCAGAUUUACGUGAUUGUAUACAAAGAAGUGAGCCAAGCAAUCACUUGCAAUAGCGCCCAUACGAAGCAUGCCUUGCGUUCACUUUGCCCUCCUGGGACUCCUGGCCACGGAAAUAUUCAUGUGCUGCGACAUCCGGAUCAUAAUGUUUUCGAGAAUGCUGGGGACAUGACGUUUUACUGGGCGCAUCACGAGAAAUUCAUGGUAAUCGAUUACAAUCUCGCGUUUAUUGGAGGCCUGGAUCUAUGUUUCGGACGCUGGGACUCAAAGCAGCACCCCUUGGCCGAUGUGCACCCUGCGGGUGUUCGGAACGAGGUUUGGCCGGGUCAGGACUUCAACAACAAUCGAAUUAUGGAUUUCCAAAGUGUCGAAGAUUGGAAAUCGAAUGAAUUGAGCAAGGCUGAAUAUGGACGUAUGCCUUGGCAUGACGUUGCCAUGGGUGUUAUCGGUGGCUGUGUAUACGACAUUGCUGAGCAUUUCAUUCUGAGGUGGAACUUUAUCAAGCGUGAUAAAUAUAAGCGCGAUGACAGAGUUGACUGGCUCAUGCUGACCGGCCGGGAUGGUGAAGAUGAGGAUCUUGUCGCGGUCCAGCGGCCGAAACACCCCGUAGGAGAAUACAUUCAGCAUCCUCUUUCACCAUUAGAAGGCAAAGCAUUGGGCCAGCAGGGAUCUGUCCAUGCACAAGUUGUGAGAAGCAGUGCCGACUGGAGCAGUGGUAUCUUGACUGAGCAUAGUAUUCAAAAUGCUUAUUGUGAGGUCAUUCAGAAUGCGCAGCAUUACGUUUAUAUUGAAAAUCAGUUUUUCAUUACUGCCACUGGAGAGCAUCAAUAUCCCAUCCAUAACACCAUUGGCCGCGCGAUUGUCGAUGCGGUCGUUCGUGCCGGAAAAGAAGGUCGUAAAUUCAGAGUUAUUAUCCUUAUUCCGUCCAUUCCUGGUUUUGCUGGGGAUUUGAGAGACGAUGCUGCCAUGGGCACUCGUGCGAUCAUGGAUUAUCAAUAUAAAUCCAUAAAUCGCGGGGAACAUUCUAUCAUGGGCCAGAUUAAAGCGCAAGGAAUCGAUCCACAUAAUCAUAUUUUUGUUUUCAAUCUUCGGUCUUACGACAGAUUAAACAAAACACCAGCUAUGAAAAGGCAGGAAGAGAAGUCUGGUGUUAAGUAUCAAGAAGUUCAACGAGCCGAGGCCGAGGAAAUCAUGGGCCAGGGCGUUCACGGGCUUGAAGGGGAUUCGAGCGACGAAGAGGAGGGCCACGUUGACGAUGCAGGAAAUGAAGAGAAAGAGCGUAUGGUUGACCGAAAGCGGAAAUUCGAAGCUGAGCGGGAAGCGGCUGGCCUCGAAGAUGGAGUACCCAGUGUCGAUUCUAUUGCCAAGGAUGCGAUGCUCAACGAAGGCAAUGUUUCAGAAGAGCCUUGGGAGGGUGACCCAGAAGAAGAGAAGGAGAAUUUCGUCCAGGAAGAAUUGUACAUUCACGGAAAGCUCCUCAUUGUUGAUGAUCAAAUUGCCAUCUGUGGCAGCUCCAAUAUCAACGACCGAUCCCAACUUGGUUACCAUGAUAGCGAAUUGUCUAUUGUGAUGGAAGACUACCACCAAAUUGACAGCAAAAUGGAUGGACAGCCCCACAAGGCGGGUUACCAUGCAGCAACUCUCCGAAGAAUGCUGUGGCGAGAGCACUUGGGGCUCCUUCCGGCACAGGAAUUGGACGCUGACAAGGAUCCAAAUGCUCAGCCACCCGAUGUUUGUCCAAACGACAUCCAGGAAGACGAAUACUACAAGUUUGUUGAAGAUCCUUUGAGUGAUGAGCUUUGGGAGAUGUGGACCACGCGCGCCACAACGAAUACCAAGAUCUUUAGACACAUCUUCCAUGCAGACCCGGAUGAUAAUAUCAAAACGUUCGACGACUAUCAGAACUUUCUUCCUAAGAACAAUAGGAAGGAGGGCCAUUUGUAUGAUCCGUACAUGCCCGUCGCAGAUGUUCGACGAAAUUUGGAUCAGAUCAAGGGUCAUCUCGUGUGGAUGCCUCUGGACUUCCUUAAGGACGCUGAAAUGGCUGAGAAAGGCUUGCAAGUUAACGCUUAUACGGAAAGUAUAUACACAUAGUGAUACCCCUCGCAAUGAGAAAGGAUCCUCUGGCUGUUGGAGCUGGUCCCCUUAAGUGGCCCGGUCCAGGCUAAACAAUAAAGCAAAAUGGAACUCCAUGACAAUACCCUUAGGCAUUAUGUCUAUCUCUAUAGGAUAUGCAAUAUUAAUAGUCAACAUUGGCGCUACAGUUCCAAUCAUUCCGCUGCUUGAGAUAUGGACUGCAAACAAGACCAGAUGGAAGAUGGUUAAAAUACGUCCCUCAAUGAUUUGCCUGAAUAGUCUUCCUUUCCCCUUUGGUGAUUAUCGAGUGAGGAGCUUCGCUGCACGUUGUUCGAAUGCUUCGAUCAUCAUCGAGGCGACCUUUGGUGUGGCUGCUUUGCUCAUCAUGUCGUAGAGAGGGUUCGUAAAUUGGAAUUC